UGCAGAGUAUGGCACUGCCCUGCACGCUAUGGUGAAUGGGGGAAGCGCAGGCGGAACCUGGCAUGCAGGGAUUAACGUCCUAUUUAACCACCACAUACAUCCAAACAUCAUGAACGAUCGGUUGGGCUCCGCGCUGCACAUAGCGUGUACAAUUCGGCAGCACGAAGUCGUACAUGCGGAUUUCGACCUCUGGUGCUUCGACUGUGAAAACAUCAACCCUUCAUCCGGCAAAACAGCGUAUCUUCUUGGACAAUGUCCUAAUAUUAAUGUAAAUGCACAAGGCGGAACAUUCGGCACAGCUCUCCAGGCCGCCGCCUAUUCGGGACAGACCCUAUCAGUAAGGCUACUACUAGACAGAAGAGCCAGACUUAAUGUACGUGAUGGAAAAUACCACAGCGCCUUGAACGGGGCUAUUAUCAGCGGUCAUUGGAAUAUUGUCAAAAUUCUGCUUGCCGCCGGCGCGACACCCGAUUGUCACCUGCAAGAGCAACCUAACGAGGAUUAGCUUCAGACUGUUUUAGAGGAGGACGGCCGAGGGGCAGUGGAGAGAUAUAGAAUGUUUUGGGAAGUGGAGUUGGAGAAGAAAAGAGGAGGAGAAGGAGCCUCGAACUCAUAACGAUGUAACGAAGAGUUUUCCUUUCCCUCAAUUUGGCUAGCGUUGGAGAAGAACUUCUUAUUGAACAUGACAUGAUAAAUUCCCC